CGCCAGAUGCGCGUGCGCUGUCAUCUUAAAGCCACACUCCGCUCCGCCUCGUCCGGAGCGGCUCUCUCAUCAUCGACCGCCGCCGAACCGCGUGUUGGCGCGGGGUGGGCUUAGCGGCUCGCAGCCUGAUUCGCUGCCGUCUCCGGAAACAAUAAAAAAAGAAAGAAACUCCCAUCGAGCGCACGUCUGUCCUCGGGUCAUGCAACUGUCAGCGCCCCAGAGCCGCGGCAGUCUGUGCUCGAUUGGUUUGGUCUGCGGAAGUCAUGGCAGCCCAGGAGGAUAAUGUUACCAUUCCAGGCUUCAGCUGCCUGCUCCAAAUGGAUCCCUAUCUCAAAGCAUACGAGAAGGACUUCAGGAGGAGGUACGAGCUGCUGCAGAAGCUGCUCCUGCAGCUGCAGGAGGCGGAGGGCGGCUUCGACCUGUUCACGCGCAGCUACGCGGACUUCGGCGUGCAGCGCCGGCCCGACGGCGGCCUGCUCUUCAGGGAGUGGGCUCCGGCCGCCGAGGCGCUCUUCCUCACCGGCGACUUCAACGGCUGGGACAAAUUCUCCCACCCCUACACCAAGAAGGAAUUCGGCAAGUGGGAGCUGACUCUGCCGCCCAAGCAUGACGCGUGUCCAGCCGUGGACCAUAACUCCAAACUCAAGGUGGUGGUUCACACCAAGAGCGGCGAGCGACUGUACCGGAUCUCACCCUGGGCCAAAUACGUGACCAGGGAGGAGAAAUCCGUCAUCUACGACUGGGUUCACUGGGAUCCUCCCCAUCCCUACACUCAAAUUCACCCUCGGCCAAAGAAGCCCACGAGCCUGAGAAUAUACGAGGCCCACGUGGGCAUCGCCUCACCUGAGGGAAAGAUUGCCUCGUACACCAACUUCACCAUCAACGUGCUGCCUCGGAUAAAGGAUCUGGGCUACAACUGCAUCCAGCUGAUGGCCGUCAUGGAGCACGCCUACUACGCAAGCUUCGGAUAUCAGAUCACCAGCUUCUUUGCUGCUUCCAGCCGCUACGGAACGCCCGAGGAGCUGAAGCAGCUCAUCGACGCGGCUCACUCCAUGGGCAUCGUGGUGCUGCUGGACGUCGUCCACAGCCACGCCUCGAAGAACACGGAGGACGGCCUGAACCGCUUCGACGGCUCCGACUCCUGCUACUUCCACGCGCCGCCCAGAGGGGAGCACAGCCUCUGGGGCAGCCGCCUCUUCAACUACUCCAGCUGGGAAGUGCUGCGGUUCCUAUUGUCAAACCUGCGCUGGUGGAUGGAGGAGUACCGCUUCGACGGCUUCAGGUUCGACGGCAUCACCUCCAUGCUGUACCAUCACCAUGGCAUUGGCACCGGCUUCUCAGGCGACUACAGCGAAUACUUUGGCCUCCAGGUGGACGAGGACUCGCUGGUCUACCUGAUGCUCUCCAACCACAUUCUCCACAGCCUUUAUCCCGACUGCAUCACUAUUGCAGAGGACGUGUCAGGGAUGCCUGCUCUGUGCAGAGGAGUGGAAGAGGGAGGACUGGGUUUUGAUUACCGGCUGGCUAUGGCCAUUCCUGACAAGUGGAUUCAGAUCCUGAAGGAGUUAAAGGAUGAAGACUGGAACAUGGGCAAUAUUGUCCAUACGCUGACCAACAGGCGCUAUGGAGAGAAAUGUAUAGCCUACGCAGAAAGUCACGACCAGGCUCUGGUCGGGGAUAAGUCUCUGGCCUUCUGGUUGAUGGACAAGGAGAUGUACACCAACAUGAGCUCCCUGAUUCCCAUGACACCCAUCAUCGACCGCGGCAUGCAGCUGCACAAAAUGAUUCGCCUGCUCACUCACGGCCUGGGCGGAGAAGGCUACCUCAACUUCAUGGGGAAUGAGUUCGGCCAUCCGGAGUGGCUGGAUUUCCCAAGAGAGGGGAACAAUCAGAGCUACCACUACGCCCGGCGGCAGUUCAACCUACUGGAUACGGAUCACCUCCGCUACCGUCAGCUCUACGCCUUUGACCGGGACAUGAACCGGACCGAAGACAAGUACGGCUGGCUGGCCGCCCCGCCGGCCUUCGUCAGCGCCAAGCACGAAGGGGACAAGGUCAUUGUGUUUGACAGGGCAAAUGUGGUCUUCAUCUUCAACUUCCACCCCGUUGAGAGCUUCCAGGACUACAGGGUCGGCGUAGACGCUCCAGGGAAAUAUAGAAUCAAGCUGGAUUCAGAUGAGGUUCUGUAUGGAGGUCACGGACGGCUGGACCACAACACCGACUUCUUCACUGAGCCGCAGCCCUUCAACGGCCGCUCCAACUCCAUGAAGGUCUACAUCCCCUGCAGAACAGCUAUUGUCCUGGCCAACGAGGAGAUAGAUUACUGUUAUUAGAGGAUGAUUAUCUCCACAGAGACCAGCAUCGAGAAUGGAUUCCAACCUCAAACCGAGUGUUAACAAUCACCUUCAUCUUAAAGUGUCAAGCUAGCUCACCACCUAAACCCUCGUUUUGUGUUUGAGUCUUUUUCCUAAAUGGGGAGGGGGAGAGAAAAAGCGUGAGCUUCUGUGCUUUCAAAUGCCAUCUGCAACCUUAGAUGCUGUGUAGCCCUAUUUACCACAGAUUGGUCCAUUUGGGAAGCGUCCAACACAACCAGCAGCUAGAUGCUAAAACUCAAAACCCUGCAGAGUCCAUCCACCACUAGCCAGGAGCCAUUUAUAGGCUCUGUUGAAUUUGGCUCGUCAUUUGAAACACAUGACUGGCAACUGUGACAGAGGGAAGCAAUACAGGAAGCAUUUAUUCAGACGUGAUGAAAGUUCAGAGAAAUAGGAAUAUAUUACAGUGAUGUGUGUGUCGUUACAGUUUAGUGUGUUCAGGUAUGUGAAUACAUGUAGUAUUAGAGUAUAUGCAAAUGAAAGCACAGGUUUUUAAUCACUGAUGAUUAAUUAAAUGCGUUUGCUCGUGUUGUGUCAUAAAGAAACUGUCUAAUUUGCACAAACUAACACACUGCUUUGAAUUACUGUACUUUUCAGGGGCCUCAAAAACAGAUGUGUUGUGAUGUUGGAGUUUAUGCAGCCGCAGGGAGCUUUCAUGUCUUUAUUUGUAGCCUCGUUAUUAAGCCAGUCAAUUGCAGCUAAAGCAAAGGGGAUAAAAUCACCAAAUUGGGUUGUUCACAGCGUGUUGUAUGAUACACAAGUCACAUUUUGGCAGAAUCGCACAGUCUCCGACCCACAGUAGCCGAGAGAAACCUCAUGUUUCCGGGUGGAGGAUGGUUUCCCAGACUCGUCUGUGUUCAGCAUGUCUCCUUACGCGCUAUAAAACGUCUCCCCUGGGAGGAAAACGCAGAAACAGCCUAAAACCAAGCGGGCGACACGCGCCUCUUUCAAUUAGUUCCGACUUUUGUGACUUUUGCCUCGACGCGCUCAAUGAUUGAACGGCGCCGAUGCUCCGUAGCUGUGAGACGGUUAUUGAUCAACUACAACACACAAGCCCAAACACAGCUCGCUGGCAUAGGGGCCUGUGUAGGUGGUGUUUUUGUGACUACUGAACUCACUCGUUGAGGCGAAGUGUCAUUAUAACAAUGUUUCAUAUGACGGCUUUCAUCUUGGUUUUGUUUUCCAGGGGAUCGUUAUAAUUAAUCUAUUUCCAGUGUGGCGUUGUCUUGGUUUCCGUCCUCUCUCUGAAGGUCCCUUAGUGCAACAUAAAUGGAUGUUUUUUGUCCAAUUUCCUGAAUUGUCUGCACGUUUUAUCAAAACAAUGCUCUUUUAAGUAAAACAUGAGCGGAUUUAGGCGUUCCUGAAAAUCAGCUAAUGCCUUGAUUCACUGCCAUGGACGCUGCGACUCUGUGAUCCACACCUACUGCAUUAGUGCAGAUUCUCUGUCAUUUAAGCUGUGUGUUGUAGCAUAUGGCUGGUUUUGAUCUGCCUCCCCUGCAGCUGAAGAAAUCCCAUUCGUAUUCACGACCAUCCUCCUGUGUUUAGCCAAAAGUAUCAUGAACACGACAUUUAUUUUUUUUUGUGCAACACCAAAGCAUUCAAAAAAUGACUUUCUCCACCUCUGGAAAAGCUCACAGAGGAUCGCUCUGCAUAAAUUUAAAGCAGCAAGGCUGUGGGAAAGAAGUGGAGUGUUUAAUCAUCCCUCAUCUGACCCAGUGUCAUUGUCAUUUUACCACUGCCAAAAUGAAUUGUCUGCAUUUGUUCUCUAAAGUAAAACCGAUGUCUGAUACACUGGAACUACUGCGGCAAAUUUCUUUCAAUAUCACUAAUGAUAAUAAAUCAGUGUCUGUCGAGCCACAAGGAAAAUGUA